AGAAUUCCAUCCGAGCGCCGUAACCCUGUGAAUGACCGUCCGCGUUUGGUGUUCAUUUUCGCUAACCCUUAUCAGCGCACCUAACCUAAGCGCUUUGUACAAGUUCCGACGACCUUAUCGGAAAAACAGGCCGAUCCGAUGUGACGUGAGAAUUCUGCGGCACAGUUGAACCGCGAUCGCGUAUUGAACGGCAUGCUGGGUUAUGUAUUGGUUAUAUUGGAAGGUAAAGGACGAUCCUUGUGCUCAUCCAGUAGGCAUUGAACGGUUGAUCGUGAAAGACGCUUCGAAGUGUGUUUGGCGGGAAAAUCAGAGAUGAGGUACACCAUGCGACAGUAUCACUUUUUCCUGCUCAACUAUCUGAUGUUUAUACCGUGGCUCUCGUGCUCAAAACUAGACUUCUACCCUGAUUACGAGGAGGACAUCCCACGAUUACAAAGCCACCGACGCUUGGCGCCCUUCGACGAAGAAGCGCGCCAGAGCCGGGGCAAUUACCGGAAUGCACCCAGAUACGACUACGAAUCAUUGGCGGCAUCGCGACAGCCGCAUCGUUUCGGGUUCGGCUCGAAUCCCGAUUUUUACUUCCCUUCCGAGCUGCGGGAAGAAGGUGACGAGACGACGGACAACGAUCAGGUACAACCAUUGGUACGCCAACGGGGAGCCCACAUUGGCGGGGCUGGUUUUUCCUACAAAGAGAGGGAUGAAAAUGGACCAUCAAACUGGCACCGAAGCGCCGCUCAGUGUGGAGGAGCGUAUCAGAGUCCGAUCGCGCUGGAAACGAAAGGUGCCCUUUAUGUGCGCAACAAACGGCCUCUGGCGUUGAUCGGCCAAACGAAUCUACCGCAGGGAAUCCGCCUGCAGAAUGAUGGCCACUCGGCCAAAUUCACUUACAACUGGAGCGAAGGGGACAGACCGUACAUUCGAGGUGGUCCACUGAAGAACAAAUAUUACUUCGAACAGUUUCACUUCCACUGGGGUGCGAACAACACGGUCGGAUCGGAACACGUUAUGGACCACCAACGCUACCCAAUGGAGCUCCACCUGGUAUUCUACAACGCGCUCUACAGUUCCUACGAAGAGGCCAGAACCGAACCGCACGGCUUGGUGGUAGUUGGGAUGUUCUACGAAAUCUACCAUUCCAGCGAUGUGCUACUGAACACGUGGACCCGGUUUUUGCGCCAUAUUGUCAAUCCCAACACAGAGUACAGGAUUCAGUUUAUCGACACAUUCCCGUUGUAUGAUUUGAUCGGGGACAUGGAGUGGCCGUACUUCUCCUACGAGGGUAGCCUAACGACCCCACCCUGUCUAGAGACGGUGACAUGGAUUGUUUCCGCCAAACCACUGCUAGUAACGAACAGAGAGAUGAGACUGUUUCGCCGACUCAGGACCUCGAAUGGAAUGAUGGUUAACAACUUUAGGCCCCUGCAGAGAUUGUUCAACCGUAGGGUGUAUCGUUACUGAGUGAAUGGAUCGAAUGGCUUUUGUCGAUGAAACAAACUGCAUUUGAGCGAAAUAAUUGAGAGUCGAGCAUAAUGUUCAAAUUCCGAUACCUUUUAAUGUCAGGAGUUUUGUAUAGUUUAAUCAAUCGUUAAGUUAGAAUAUGCAACGGUGAACAGCUUCUCGCCGUGAGUCGUUUCCAAAGCAGAACAUAAACCAAAUGUCAUUGCAGCAGGCUACAAUGAUAAAACGCGUAUGCUUUUAUCUGUAAAAAUCUUAUUGUAAGUGAGAGUCAUCCAGAAGAUGUUUUACCAAAUAUAAUAUUUAUUUUACCGAGCAUCAA